CAAACAUGGAGGAGGAUGAGAGGAGAAAGUUGGAAAGUGAGCCCCGGUCAGACAGUCAUCAGCCGGCACUUCCACUCACAUCUGACCAGCAAACGACAAACGAGAUCAGCGGUCAAAACUCAGAUACUGACGAAGAUGAACUCGAAACUAAACUGGAUAUAAGUUCGGAUAAGUUUGACCCACUGCUUGCCUUGUAUUCCCCACAAGUGCCUUUACCUUACCCGAAAAUAAAGUGCUUUAACAACAUCGCCGAAUACGAGAGUUUUAUGAAAGGUGGUCGAGGCAGGGCCAAACCUGAAAAUGUGGAGAAAAGACUAAGAAAAGCACAGAAAGGUAAACCAGACCUGGAGAGGAUAGAGAGAUUGAAGAAACUCAUGGUGAACAACCCGGUUGAGGAGGGAGAGGGCAGCGGGGUGAAACGACAUCCUCGACAGCGAAGAGUUCCCAAAAAUGUGCUUACAAGAAUGCCACUGCUUGCAGGCAGUCCAUUAGGGGAGCUCAACAGGUGUGUCCAGGAGAAAAUCAGAGUCAAAGUUCACAUCCGAACAUUUAAAGGGCUCCGGGGAGUUUGUUCUGGCUUUGUGGUGGCAUUUGAUAAGUUCUGGAACCUGGCAAUGGUGGAUGUGGAUGAAACAUACAGGGAGCCCCUAUUGGGACAGGCUCUCUACCAUGAGAAAGCACUUACUGUCACAAGGCUGUUUGAAAAGCUUAACAUGCAAGAGACUGUUGCUCUCAGUGCGAUUGAGAGAAAGGCAGAGGAGAACCCUUCAAAGCCAGACCACCAUGGUAGCGUGCCUCAAUAUCACACCAGAGAACGAACCAGGAGAAGCACUGACCCCAAAUAUACACAGGAAAGACCCACUCUCUCCAGGGAAAGCCAGUUAGUCAUGAGUACAUCAAAAGUGACACAAAAAUCUGAUACCAAGCCUAAGGUGGAGUACGGAAGAGUGCACACACGUCAUGUCAAUCAGCUUUUUGUACGAGGGGAAAAUGUGAUUCUCGUAAAUAUGCAAAAGGACUAAAGGCUUCUUAGAUAAUAUGUUAGUCGUCUUUUUAGUGAGCACCCAGAAAGGAUUUACA